AUGGAGAAAGAGAAAGCCGAGCCGGUGCCGGAAGCGGAAAAUGAUAACACUCCUUGUCCGCCGGCGGAAGAAAAAGAAGAAGAAAAGAUCAAAGUUCGACUCUUGAGAACCGUAGUUGAGAACCAAGAUCCUUCUUGCAAGUUCGGGAUCAUGGACCAGAACAACCUUGUUGAAAUGAGAACAAUCAGGAGGUUCCUUCGAGCUCGUGAUCUGGACGUAGACAAAGCAGCUUCGAUGCUACUGAAAUAUCUUAAAUGGAGGCAAACAUUUGUACCGAAUGGUCAAAUUUCGCCAUCUGAUGUCCCAAAUGAAAUUGCACAAAACAAGAUGUUUGCGCAAGGAUUUGAUAAACAAGGACGCCCCAUAUCUGUUACCUUGGGGGCUAGACAUUUCAUCAACAAAAAAGGAGGUGUUCACGAGUUUAAACGUUUUAUUGUUUUUGGUCUGGACAAAUUAUGCGCAAGAACGCCAGCUGGGCAGGAGAAAUUUGUGAUAAUUGGGGACCUUCAAGGAUGGGGCUAUGCCAACAUUGACAUUCGAGCUUAUAUGGGAGCUUUAUCUAUCUAGCAGGAUUAUUACCCAGAAAGACUGGGGAAGCUAUUCCUUGUUCACGUGCCUUCAAUUUUCAUGACAGCUUGGAAGAUAGUAUACCCUUUCAUUGACUGCAAUACUAAGAAGAAGGUGAAUAUUGAUCAAAGCUGCCUUGCCUUGAUUUUUAUUCGCACAAUGACAUAAAAACUGACUCAUUUUAGUGUUGUAGUACUUUGAUUAAAUACUUUUUCAACCCAUGAGCAGUUAUAAUUUCCUGCAAGUUUGAAUUACUUUUUGAUUAUUUUCUGUUUCCUCUUCAUUUGUUGAUUUUGCGUAGAUUAUAUUUGUGGAGAACAAGCGAUUGAAAGAGACACUUCUUGAAGAUAUUGAAGAGAGUCAACUUCCUGAGAUCUAUGGUGGCAAAUUGCCCCUAAUCCCAAUUCAAGAUGCUUAAUUACAUAAAUCAUAUUUCUCAAGGCUAUACAUAUAUAUAUAUAUAUAUAUAUUUUCUAGUAACCUAAUUAAGUUCGUUGUGUAAUACUUAAUUUAUUCUUGCAACACAAUGUGGGAGUAGGGUUAUUAAUUAUGAUCCUCUCUAGUCUCACUCAAACUUAUACUACUUCUCUGAUUCGCAUUUUAAUUUGUGCGGGAUCUCAAAAGUAAAAAUUAAAAACAAUUUCUUGUUCUAAUCAUACAAGAUUUUCU